UGAGGUGGAACAGAAAAAAUUCAGCCAAAGUGAUUUUAAAUGUAAGCUGCCACUGGACAACGUAGGUCUUAUCCUGAUACAAUUAUUUUGUGCACAUACGGAUUUACAUGCCUUUGAAGUUCCUUCGCCUGCUAGCCUUUCAAAAAUAAACCAUUAAUAUUGGUUUUGGUAGCGUACAUUUAAAUCAAUAAAUCAGCCAUUUAAACCAUAUAAAUGCAACGUAUCCCACUUUAUGUGCUAUUUUCCAGUUGGCGAAGGUGCUGCGCAUAGAUUAUAUCAAUUAUUAAAAUUCAAAUAAAUAUACAAACAGCAACCUUAACUUGUGCCACGACCUAAAGGGUACUUUUCGGGUGGGAAUUGCUCAAAGACGUCUUUUCAAAAACUGAAUGUCGAUGCUAUUCAAAGGUUUAGAGUUCCCCGCUGUACACGGUUGAAAGAAAUGCAAAAAAAAUAAGAUUAAUAUUGAGAAUGCUCAGCUCAUUAUUCCUGAGGCGCCCUUAGAGCCGCGGAGUGAAAUGAAUAGGUUGGGUACGUUUAUUCUUCUCCCCCUUGGACUAAAUUAACAGCUGUACGGAAACUGGGAGGAGAUUUUUUGAAAGGACAACGCCUGUUUUGGGAAAAGACACUGUUAACUGCUUGAGCCGGAGUCGGUCAGAACUGGAGAACAGCAAUGCAACAACUGAUCGGGAGAUACACAUAUUUUCCAAAGCUUGAAAUGUGCUCGAUAAAUAAAGGAUUUAACAGCUGCCAAUCAAUUUGACCGAAUCGUCACUGGAUGCUGCCCAGCAAAAGGAAAAUACAGUAUUGCUUUAAAGAUCGAUUUUGAAAUCAAGUUAGUGAGGAUGGCUGGAGAUUUUCUGAAGGAAGAAUAAAACGACAUGGCGCUAAUUUGGGUAUUUCUGUCGCUCAAUGGAUUUUUUUAAAAUUAACUGAUUACCACGUUCGCUCUGGAUGCAAUGCUGUAAAUCACAGAGUUUCGUAUCUGGAAAUAAACUCUUCUACAGGAGGCUCAGGAUGAAAAGAUGGCAGCCACGCUCUUACCAACGGGUCCUGCAGGCUUGUGCCGGUUCACAUGCGAAUCCCUGGCUGCUCUUGAGCAGCGGAUUGCUGAGGAGCAGGCCGCGAACGCUACGGAAAACAAAGAGGAGGACUCGAGGCCCGUGGAAGCGCCCAGUCCUAGCACUGACCUGGAGGCCGGAAAGCAACUGCCCCGGAUCUUUGGGCACAUCCCCCCGGGACUGGUGGGCGUACCUCUGGAGGACAUUGACCCUUUUUACUUCAAGAACAAGAAAACUUUUAUAGUACUUAACAAAGGGAAGGCCAUUUUCCGAUUUAGCGCCACGUCCGCAUUGUAUAUUUUUAGUCCUUUUCAUCCCAUCAGAAGAAUCUCAAUAAGAAUACUAGUACACUCCUUGUUCAGCCUCUUUAUAAUGUGCACUAUAUUGACCAACUGUUGUUUCAUGGCCAUGUCUGACCCGGCGCAAUGGGCCAAGUAUGUCGAGUACACCUUCACAGGCAUUUACACUUUUGAGUCAGUGAUUAAAAUUCUGGCGCGAGGAUUUUGCGUGGGACCCUUCACCUUUCUGCGAGACCCUUGGAACUGGUUGGACUUCAGCGUGAUAGUCAUGGCGUAUGUAACCGACUUUUUAAAACUAGGCAGUCUUUCAGCCCUUCGAACAUUCAGGGUCCUCAGAGCACUGAAAACUAUUUCAGUAAUUCCAGGCCUGAAGACCAUCGUGGGGGCUCUGAUCCAGUCGGUGAAGAAGCUGGCGGACGUGAUGAUCCUGACGGUGUUCUGCCUCAGCGUGUUCGCCCUCAUCGGCCUGCAGCUCUUCAUGGGGCUGCUGCGGCAGAAGUGCGUCCGCACCUCGAGCCACUGCGUCAACGCCACGUACAACCCCAACGACACCUUCGUCUGCAAUAACAGGACCUGGAAGUCCUUGGAAGAGUACAACAACUCUGAAGAAAAUGUUUACAAGAUUGAAGGAGCAAAGGAUGCCUUAAUAUGCGGAUAUGGAAACGAUUCAGGGAAGUGUCCCGAUGGAUUUGUGUGUCUGAAAGCAGGAAGGAACCCUAAUUAUGGUUACACUAGUUUUGACAGCUUUGGAUGGGCUUUCCUGGCUUUGUUCCGUCUCAUGACACAGGACUGCUGGGAGAACCUCUAUCAACAGACACUCCGGUCGGCAGGGAAGACCUACAUGAUCUUCUUUGUCCUGGUGAUCUUCCUGGGGUCAUUCUACCUGGUCAACCUGAUCCUGGCCGUGGUCGCCAUGGCGUACGAGGAGCAGAACCAGGCCACCAUCGCUGAGGCCUGGCAGAAAGAGCAGGAGUUCCAGCUCGCCAUGGAGCACUUACGAAAGGAACAGCAGGCCAUGUCUCAAAAGGCCCAGGAGACAGACUCUGUGAUGCUGCCGAUACUUUUUCCAUUCACUCUAAAAGACUCCAAAGAGCGGAAGAAGAGAAAGAAAGCUCCCAGGACCCAGUCCGAGGGGGCUGAAGAAGAAGCACGGGAGAAGGCAAAGUUAGAUGUAGUGGAUGAGCCCAGGAACCUGCACCCCUUCCUGGCCCGCUCGCUGUCAUGCCGGACUAGGAGGCCCAGCCAGGUCAGCUUCUUCAGCUUCCGUCCCCGGAACAGGGGCUCGGAGGAGGCAGACGAUGAGCGCAGCGGGGACAGGAGCCGGGUCAACUCCCUGAUCGUCCCCUGGAGCCACCGGAGGCCCAGCUGUCACAGCGCCACCAGCUGCUACUCCCCGGUCUUCUUCCCCGGCAUCAGCGUCAACGGGAAGCUGGCCGUCGGCUCCGAUCACAAUGGCAUGAUGGGCUCGGGCCUGCUGGUGCCCUGGGCUCUGCCGGACUGCGCCAUGGAGAAGGGGUCGACCUGCGGGCCCGAGAGCGGCUCGGUCCUGUUCCCGCGCAGGCUGUCUCCAGAGCUGCUGGAGGAGGGCUUCCGCCGGGAGAGAUCAGUCAGCGACACCAGCUUCUUCUCGGAAGCCAUGGAGGAGCUGGAGGGAACCCGACAGAAAUGCCCCCCUUGUUGGUACACGUUUGCCCGGAAAACCAUGAUUUGGGACUGCUGUCCCAUGUGGCUGCAGCUGAAGAAGGGGAUGAAGAUUAUGGUGAUGGACCCAUUUCUGGACCUGGCCAUCACCAUCUGCAUCGUGCUCAACACCCUCUUCAUGGCUCUGGAGCACUACCCCAUGACAAAGGACUUCAACAGUGUGCUGUUGGUGGGCAACCUGGUCUUCACUGGAAUCUUCACAGCAGAGAUGGUGUUUAAGAUUAUCGCCCUGGAUCCAUACUACUACUUCCAGCAGGGCUGGCACAUCUUUGACAGCAUCAUCGUCAGCCUCAGCUUGAUGGAGCUGGGUUUGUCCAAUGUGGAGGGCCUGUCCGUUCUGCGAUCCUUCAGACUGUUGAGGGUCUUCAAGCUGGCCAAGUCCUGGCCUACCCUGAACACUUUGAUCAAGAUCAUCGGGAACUCAGUGGGAGCCCUCGGCAACCUGACCCUGGUCCUGGCCAUUAUCGUCUUCAUCUUCGCCGUGGUGGGCAUGCAGCUCUUCGGGAAGAACUACCAGGACUGCGUGUGCAAGAUCUCCAAGGACUGCACGUUGCCGCGGUGGCACAUGACGGACUUCUUCCACUCCUUCCUGAUCGUGUUCCGGGUGCUGUGCGGGGAGUGGAUCGAGACCAUGUGGGACUGCAUGGAGGUGGCCGGACAGCCCCUCUGCAUCCUCGUUUUCAUGCUGGUCAUGGUGAUUGGAAACCUGGUGGUGCUGAACCUCUUUCUGGCCCUGCUACUAAGCUCCUUCAGUUCGGACAACCUGUCGGCGCCGGACGAAGACGGCGAGAUGAACAACCUGCAGAUCGCCAUCGCCCGCAUCCACUCGGGGGUGGGCUGGCUGCGGCGCACGCUCUGCGACGUCUUCAACGGAAACGUGAAGAGGCGGCAGCAGAAGGCCCGGGAGGCCAGGGUCUCGCUGAAGAUGAAGCACCUGGCCAAUCACGUGGAGGUAAACGGCGUGGCGGGGGUCAUCGGGAUCUACGGGGAGAAGUACAUCGUCAACGACGACGAAAGCUACAUAACCAAUCCCAGUCUGACUAUCAGCGUCCCAAUCGCCCCUGGAGAGUCGGACCUGGAGUAUAAUGAAGAGGAGGAGGAUGAGGAAGAGGAGGAGGAAGAGGAAAAUGAGUCAUCAGUCCAUGAAAAGAGAGACACUCAGAGCAUGUCAGAGGGCAGUACCGUUGACCUGAGGAAGUCAGGUGAUCUGCAGGACGAGUAUUCCGAAAUGGACGAAGAGACCAUGGACCCCGAGGACUGCUACCCCGAAAUUUGCGUCCGCCACUUCCCGUGCUGUAAAAUUAACACCAUGGAUGGAAUGGGACUGUCCUGGUGGAGACUGCGGAAGACCUGCUACCAAAUCGUGGAGCACAGCUGGUUUGAGACCUUCAUAAUCCUCAUGAUUCUGCUGAGCAGUGGUGCUCUGGCGUUUGAAGACAUUUAUAUAGAGCAGAGGAAGGUGGUGAAGGUAGUUUUGGAAUAUGCCGACAAGGUGUUCAGCUAUGUCUUUGUCCUGGAGAUGUUUCUCAAGUGGGUGGCAUAUGGAUUCAAGAAGUACUUCACCAAUUACUGGUGUUGGCUUGACUUUCUCAUCGUAGAUGUGUCUGUGAUAAGCCUCAUAGCUAAUUCGCUGGGAUGCGCUGACUUCGCCGCCAUAAAAUCACUUAGGACCCUCAGAGCUCUCAGACCGCUAAGAGCACUGUCCAGAUUUGAAGGCAUGCGGGUGGUGGUGAACGCGCUAAUUGGCGCUAUUCCCUCCAUCAUGAACGUGCUGCUCGUCUGCUUGAUUUUCUGGCUCAUAUUCAGCAUAAUGGGUGUCAACCUCUUUGCGGGAAAGUUUGGAAGGUGCGUCAACCAGAAAGGGGACAUUUAUAAUGCCUCCGAGGUCAACAACAAGUCUCAAUGUAAGGCCAUGAAUGACCCGCAGUACUACUGGACCAAGGUGAAGGUCAACUUUGAUAACGUGGCCUCUGGCUACCUCUCACUUCUGCAAGUGGCAACUUUUAAAGGCUGGAUGGAUAUCAUGUACGCAGCUGUGGAUUCACGAGCUGUGGAGGAGCAGCCCAUCAAGGAAGUAAACCUGUACAUGUACCUGUACUUUGUCAUCUUCAUCAUCUUUGGGUCCUUCUUCACCUUGAACCUCUUCAUCGGUGUGAUCAUUGACAAUUUCAACCAGCAGAAAAGAAAGUUAGGUGGAGAGGAUAUUUUCAUGACUGAAGAACAGAAGAAGUACUAUAAUGCGAUGAAAAAGCUGGGCUCUAAGAAGCCCCAGAAACCUAUUCCACGGCCAGUGAACCCGUUGCAAGGCUUCUUUUUUGACCUAGUGACAAAGCAAGCCUUCGACAUCAUCAUCAUGGUUCUCAUCAUCCUGAACAUGAUAACCAUGAUGGUGGAGACGGAUGAGCAGUCACCUUACACAGAGAAGGUCCUCUACAACAUCAACCUAGCCUUCAUCAUCAUCUUCACCACAGAAUGCCUCAUCAAAAUGGUUGCCCUGCGCUGGUACUUUUUUACCGUUGGGUGGAAUAUCUUCGACUUUGUAGUGGUCAUCCUCUCCAUCGUGGGUGUGGUUCUCUCUGACAUUAUAGAGAAAUUCUUUGUGUCACCAACUCUGUUCCGAGUUAUUAGACUUGCAAGAAUAGGCCGAGUACUUCGGCUUAUACGAGGAGCCAAAGGAAUAAGAACUUUACUGUUUGCCUUAAUGAUGUCUCUACCAGCCUUGUUCAACAUAGGUCUGCUGCUUUUCCUGGUCAUGUUUAUCUAUGCCAUCUUCGGCAUGGCCAACUUCGCCUACGUAAAGAAACAGGGUGGGAUCGAUGACAUGUUCAACUUUGAAACUUUCGGGAAUAGCAUGAUCUGCCUGUUUCAGAUCACAACUUCUGCCGGGUGGGACACCCUGCUCAAUCCCAUCCUGAACAAUCCCCCCGAGGAGUGCAACUCCAACAUCACCAACACCGGCACGAACACCAAAGGCAACUGCGGAAACCCCUCGGUGGGCAUCGCCUUCUUCGUCAGCUACAUAAUAAUAUCCUUUCUCAUCGUGGUGAACAUGUACAUCGCCAUCAUCCUGGAGAACUUCAGCGUGGCCACUGAGGAGAGCACGGAGCCGCUGGGCGAGGACGACUUUGAGAUGUUCUACGAGGUGUGGGAGAAGUACGACCCGCAGGCCACGCAGUUCAUCGAGUACACCAUGCUCUCCGACUUCGCCGACGCUCUGUCGGAGCCGCUUCGCAUCCCCAAGCCCAACAAGAUGAAGCUGAUCGCCAUGGACCUGCCCAUGGUCGCCGGCGACAAGAUCCACUGCUUGGACAUCCUGUUUGCCUUCACCAAGCGGGUCCUGGGCGAGUCCGGGGAGAUGGACGCCCUGAAGCAGCAGAUGGAGGAGAAGUUCAUGAUGUCCAACCCGUCCAAAAUUUCCCACGAGCCCAUCACUUCAACCCUUCGACGCAAGCAGGAGGAGGUUUCGGCCAUCAUCAUCCAGCGAUCCUACCGGAGGCACCUGAUCAGGCGGCAGGUGAGGCAGGCAGCCCUCCUGUACCGGCAGAUCAACAACCCCCGCGAGGUGGCGACAACGCCCGAGAAAGAGGGGCUGAUCGUGUCCAUGAUCAGGGAGAACUACGGGCCUGAAGCCCAUAAGGUUGAGACGAUAAACUCCACUUCCUCUCCGCCAUCUUAUAACAGCAUUAGCAGGGUGGCUAAUGAUAUUUUCCAAGUUCUGAUACCUGACUCCAGGAACGAGGACCUGGGCGAGCAUUACUCUUACAACAUGAGGGUAAACGAGUCAUUUCUUUGAGACGUUGAUUAGGAGAUGCUUGCCUUUUUUUAUUAUGUUUAUCGAAUGUACCAUAGCUCAGAAUUUGGAGUCAGUCUUUAUAAACUCUUGGAUUCACAACAAAUCUGCAGCGCUUCAUAGCAAAAUAUAAUAUAGUUUUGUUUUUGUUCAUUUUUUUGAUAUUUUAUGCUUUGUUGCAAUACAGAAAGGGAAAAAUGUAAAUCAUAAUCUUUGACCAUGCUUGUAUGUCCUUAGCUGGGUAACUACAGCUAUACCCCUGAUGUAAUAUUCAUUUCUAAAACUGAAUUAACUUUCAAUAUUUAUAAAAUACACUUGGUUGUAUUAUGCAUUCAUUAAAGGUCUCAUGUAUAAUAGUGUGACUCUUUAUGGUAACAAACACCUUUCAAAUUAUAAUAAAGUGAGUAAAAACAUCAAUAACAUGAUUCUGGUAGCUAAAUGACAGAUAUCUACAUUGUUAUUAAAUAUCAUAUAUUACAAUGAAUCAUUUUUUAUAUGUAUAAAAGCUCUUUUUUUGCUUCCUGCGUAUCAGUAAAAGCAAAUACUGCUAAGCUAUAUAAUUGUAAAAGGCAUAACACUGUACUUUGAGCCAUCUUUGACAAAUGUCCCUUGUAUUUGCACGUAGGUUUAUGCAAGCAAAGACAAUAUCAUAUUACUCAUCUGUCUGGACAUAAACUGGUUUGGUUAUAAACUUGAAGUGUUAACAACUAUAGUCAAGAGAAGCAUGUGAUAAUAAAAACCAUCCCUGUUAAUUUUAUUUAUAUGAUGAUUCCUAGUACCCACCAAAUGCAAGGAGAAAGGUUUAUGUUGAAUAGAUUAGCAGGCAGCAGAUCAGAUAAAUGCUAGGAAUAUGGCAAGCAUAUGUCAAGCACAUUACUGUACAGGUGGAGCAGAAAUGCAAUGUUACCAAAAAAUGUAUGAGCAUUGAAGACCAAACUAGGAAAUAAAAUAUAGCUUAAAAUUAAGAUGUUUCUUUCUAUAAUCUAUUUUCAGCAACAAUAUGCAAGUUUGAGGGAUUAAAUAUUCAGAAAAAGGUUAAUUUGUUACAUUUUGCAUGACACUUUUGGUACGUAUGGAGUUUGUAAUACAUUUCAUUUAAAAAUCCUCCUGACUAAAACUACGAGUGUGUAGGAUGGCUGUAAACAGAACCAAUAACUCAAGGGAUUUCCUGAUUAGUCCUGGGUGCCAGGGAUAAAUUGUAAUUUUCUUUCACCACCCAUUUUGAGAAAAGUUUCAUGGAAAUAUUAAUUAUACACAUUUAUUUGUAAAAUUCACUGUAAUUGAAUUUAGUUGUAGCAGCAUCACAAGAAUUGCACCAUUAUACCAUUAUAUUUCUUUAAAUAUAAAUUUUAAAAUAUAAAAUGCAGAAUAGAGAAAAUGAAAUAUCUAAUAUCACAAGAUCUUCAUAUUUGUUGUUGAGCCUUUGCUAAGUGUUGGUCCAGGGUGUAUUUCUGCCUCUCGUCCAAUGCAUGCUGGGAUAAAUUUCUAAAAUAUUCACUUGUCUGUCAAUGUUAAGGACAAACAUUGAUUUAUUGAAUACAGGCCAUUGUUAGUAUUGUUACCAUUUUAUAUAUUGUCAAAACAUUACACAUUUUAAACUUGUGAGCAUAUUUUUUUUGCCUAAAUUCCUUUGCCCUGUCUGAACUACAGGUUUACAUUGGCCAGCUGCAGUGCAUUUCUGUGACAGCACAUGAAUAACUCUGCUGGAUUCAGGUCUAGUUCUUAUAGAUGUGUGCAGACAGAGACAGAGCCUGAAUAUAUUUAUCUUGACAUUUAAGGCCAGGUUUCGAAGGCUCUGCUUCGGAUAACCUGCUUUGCAGCACUCUGUCCUGCUGCUUCAUUUUGCUUUACCAAAGGAUAUUUUAUUCAUUGAUAUUUAAAGGUUAGUUAAUAUUAAACAACACUAUUAUUUCAGAGUCUGGUUCAGACUUACAUACCCUUACAUUUUUAAAAAUAUUUUUUAUAUUGUAUAUUUUAGUUAUUUGUUGACCUCAUCACACUUUUGCAAAUAAGGGCCUUUGAUAAAAUGGUACUGGAGUAACCCAAAAAAAAUCAAAAGACCAAAAAAAAAGAAAAAAAAAUCCCUACAGGAAAGUUGGAGGAAAUGCAAUCAGGAAAUAGAUCACUGAAUCUGCCAAUUUAUCAAAAAUCUCUCCAAAGGCGAAAUGAGGCCAAAUGACAUUUUUAUUUGCAGGAAGCUGGAGAUGGAUUAUGUAUAAUCAUAUACAAUGAUAUAAUAAUCUCCCAGGGUGCAUUCUGUGUAGCAAUGUCCUCUGGGAGGUGUGGGUUUACAUAUUCCACUGUCAUUACAUCAUUAAUAAGAACUGGAAUAUUGAUUGCACAGAAGAAAAUGUUAAGAUCACAGCUAGCAAAACUAUAUAAUGACAAAUAUUAAAAUGUACCUACAUAUUUAAUACCCAAUACAUAUUACAUGUUAACACAGCCUGUAGAGUAUAUUAAAACAUAUAACUUACACCAGAAAUUCUUACUUACAUGUUUUAAUAAUAAAACUUCUAAUAAACUAAUGAUAAUUAAAAGCGCAUUGUAAUCCACUUCUUCAUACAGUAGAACUAUGCUCCAAAACCAAAUUAUCCUCUUUUUUUGGCCAGUUCACCACUUGUCAAACUCAGUGGUGUUUGAGGUCCACAUUCAUGUACAUAACAUGAACUAUACCACACAUUUGUGCAGGGCUAUCUGUUUUACCAUUGUUCAUAAAUGUUUUGUUUCAGGAAUACAUUAUGAGGACACACGAUAGGCAUGGGAAACUGAGGUGUAUGUUACGCUUUAUGUGCACAUAUAAAUGAACUGCUUAUGGUAGGCUGUAUUUUAUAUUGUAGAACACACUGUAUUCAAUUGCUAUUUUGUAUUUUGACAUAUUUUGUAAUGAUAUUCUUGCAGAUAUAUGCUAAGCCAUGCUACAAGCAAGUGGUGCCCAAUGGCUUCUGGCUGACCGAACUGAAUUCAUUCAACACCUGUCCUUAACUUUGACUGGCAAAUAAAGUUAUUUUAUUUUCAUUUGUUAAUGAACAAAUGUUAACCUUUUUUUUCUUUACCACAAAAGCAAUUUGGUGGACUGCAAAAUUCCCAGAAUUACCCAGAUAAAAAAAAACAAAUUGAGCUGAAGUCAAAGUUAGGGAUAAAUG